AACAAAAACCUUAAAAUUUCAGUGAUCUUGCUUUGGUUUUUGAUUUUCCACCACCAUGUCUGAGAAUUCUCCUGGUUCUCGAUUCUACUCCAAAAUGGGGUUUUCCUUCUCCUUUAAGUGCACUAACGACACUGAACUUUUCUACCAUUUGAGAAAUGUCCGUGAAUGAAACACAAAACCAUGGCGGUACCUGUAAUCCUUAGCAUCAUGAUGGUGUUUCAAAAUCUGCAUUACAAUAGAAGGGUUUAGUGCUCAUUCGAAGAGGCACAAACAAAGGCAGUGAGAGGUGGUGGGUGAAAAGAAAGUAGGGUAUGGAGGAAGGGAAUGAAGACGAUGCCAACCAAUAUAAUCAUUCUGAGGGCCUGCCUCCGACUUCAUCAUCAAGCAAACUAAUGAAAAAGGAAGCAGUGAAAAGUCAACUUCCUUGGGAUGUGCUUGAUAUCAUUUCCAAGAAACUAGAUUUUGAUGACCUCUUUCAAUUUGCUGGAGUGUGCAAGAACUGGAGGACAUUUCAUAAAGUUUACUGGAGAAAUUUCAUGUUGUCCGAAGCACCACUACUUGUUCUAACUUCUUCAUAUGCUAAGAAAGCUUAUUUUUUCGUUAGCAUAUCUGAACAAAAAGUUUAUCGCUCAAAGCUAGAUUACUUCUGGGGUUUAUCCUAUUCGGGGACAUCCAGUGGUUAUUUAAUUAUGGCGGGUUAUGAUAAACUUCUGCUAAUGAAUCCUUUUACAAGAAGAAAGAAGGAAAUCAGUACGUUGGCCAUUCAAGGUAUUUUAAAUUAUUAUUAUAUCCAUCCCUUGCUAGCUUUUGCCAAAGGUUCUGAAGAAUUCAUCAUAGUGGUUUUCUGUAAAAACUAUUCGAGUUUGCAUAUCUAUCAGUCUCGACAUUCUUGUUGGGUUACUUAUUCAGUAUGGGGAAAGCCAUGGAAGGUUGUGGACUUUGUGGUUUUUAAUAAUACUGUGUAUGCUAUCACUGAGAAGGCCAGGAUAGGGGUAUUGGGCCUGAACUCUGCAUGUGUGAAAUUUCUAGAACUGAAGAAUACUCCCAGUGUAAAAUCCACAAGUCUUAAGUUGGUUAGUAGUGAUGGGCAGCUUUUAGUGGUUCAUUUUGAACCAAAGGAAACAUUUGAUGUGUACAAGAUAGACUUGUCAACCAUGGAAUGGAUCAGGUUGGAAACUUUGGGUGACCUUGCAUUGUUUUAUGCUAAGGGAAGAAGCUGCUAUGCAUUGAGCAACCCAGCUAAGUGUGGAUAUGAAAGCAACUCUCUGUAUUACAUUUCCCCUGUAUCACGAGAAUGCGAAGUAUAUUCACUGAAUAAUGAACUGAAGAAUUGCAUUGUACCUAGUGGACUUCGACCUCCUCCUAGAUCAAGAUUCUACUGGUUGGAUUGGUGUUUUCGACGUGUACGAGAAGAGGUUGAUUAUUCUCUGGUUGAGUAACCUGUUACUUGACACCAUGCAGCAUGUGACCUUGUGUGUUUACCUUGUUCCUUGUAUUUCCCUUUUGUGUACUAGUAGUUUGACUUUGACAAAACUGGAGAAACAUGUGGUAUCUAGUUUCAAUAACUUAGGUUUUUAUUUGACUUUGGGUGGUUGUUUCCCUGGUAAUUUCCUGGUUUAUCUUCUAU